CCAGUUCUAGGGUUUUUCACCAUUUUUCCUAAAUGAAGACUUAAUUUAUUUUUCUCAUCAGUGACUUCCUUCCACUCUCUUCUCUACAACCCAUUUUCAUUCUCUUUGAAAAAAAAAUGCCACCAUUAACGUCUCUGCAACUCCGUCGGCUGCUUCACCGUUGCGUCUCUUCGCCUUCUCCCUUUCAACCCCAUGCUUUGCUUUCCCCGAAACCUCAAUUUACGCCCACCCAUUUCCCCAAAUUGCCAUUUGUGAUCUCUAAACCCUUCUCCACCCAGAACCCUAGCCCUCAAACCCCAGAUCCGGUUGCUUUAUCUCUUUCGGCUGAACUCCUCAAGGACCCUUCUUUAGACCCUCUCGCUAUCACCCCUAGACUCCAGCUUCACUUUUCUCACAUCAAACCAACCCCUUUGUUAAUCUCCCAGACCCUCAAUCUCUCCCCUGAAGCUGGCCGAACCGUUUUAGGGUUUAACGAUUGGGUUUUAUCGGACCCCGAUUUCAACCACACCGAUGAAACGCUUUCGUUUUUCGUCGAUUAUUUCGGUCGAAGAAAAGAUUUCAAAGCUGCCCACGAUCUCCUUGUCAAUCACAAGUCUGUUGCCGGGCCUAAAACUCUUAACUCCUCCAUUGAUAGGCUGGUUCGUGCUGGCAGGCCAACUCAAGUUCUGGGGUUUUUCGAGAGAAUGGAGAAGGAUUAUGGUUUCAACAGAGAUAAAGAAUCACUGAAGUUGGUAGUGGAGAAAUUGUGUGAAAAUGGCUACGCGAGUUAUGCUGAGAAAUUGGUGAAAGACUCAGCCAACGAGAUAUUCCCGGACGAGAUGAUAUGUGACUUAUUGAUCAAAGGUUGGUGUGUUGAUGGGAAGCUGGAAGAAGCCAGAAGAUUAGCUGGGGAAAUGUAUAGGGGAGGUUUUGAGAUCGGUACAAUGGCGUAUAAUGCAAUGCUUGAUUGUGUUUGUAAGCUUUGUAGGGAAAAAGAUCCAUUUCGACUUCAUUCGGAAGCUGAGAAAGUUCUGCUUGAUAUGGAUUUUAAUGGGGUUCCAAGAAAUGUGGAGACUUUUAAUUUGUUGUUGAAUAACCUUUGUAAGAUUAGGAAAACUGAGGAUGCAAUGAAGUUGUUUUUUAGGAUGGGGGAGUGGGGAUGUUAUCCGAAUGCAGAGAGUUAUUUGAUUAUGAUUCGUAGCUUGUAUCAGGCUGCUCGAAUAGGAGAAGGAGAUGAGAUGAUCGACGGGAUGAAAUCUGCUGGAUUUGGUGAUCAGCUUGGCAAGAAAGAAUAUUAUGGAUUUCUGAAGAUUUUGUGUGGGAUUGAAAGGGUUGAGCAUGCCAUGAGUGUUUUUAAGAAAAUGAAGGCUGAUGGGUGUGAACCUGGCAUUAAGACUUAUGAUUUGUUAAUGGGGAAAUGGUGUGCUCAUAAUCGGCUAGAUCGAGCCAAUGCACUCUACAAUGAAGCUCUGAAAAAUGGGGUGCCAGUGGAACCUAAGCCGUAUCGUGUUGAUCCAAGAUAUAUGAAGAAAACUAAAGCUGUGAAGAAGGAGAAGAAGAGGGAGACUUUUUCUGAGAAAAUGGCUAGGAAGAGGAGACGGCUCAAGCAAAUUCGACUGAGUUUUGUAAAGAAGAGUAAAGGAAGAAUGCGCAGUGCCUAAACUUAAUUUUUUCCUUACUGAAAAUUUAAGUGAAAUGACAAUGUCAAUUGGAAUUUGAGGUUCUUUUCUGAUCUUUGUUCAUUCGUCUUUUUAUGAUUUAUGUUGUAAAAUUUCAGUUCUUGUUUUUACUCUAAUAUUGGCAACAUUAGAAAUAAAAAUUGUUCCGAGUAAUUCAUUUUACUCAA